CUCUCUUUUUUGGUUUCUACUUUACAUGAAAAUUUGAUGUUUUAAGUGCUAAAUCUCAAGCUGUUGAAGUAGUCCUUCCAUUCAGGCAAGUUCAUGAAAUCUAUUGAAGCAUUGUCACCUCGUGCCUCAAAUUAUAACUAAAGCCAAAAGUUUAAAUUAUGUUAUAAUAUAAAUUAUCAAAACAAGAAGUUCCUGGAGACUGGUCCCUCAUAAUAGAUGUGGAGUGAUCUCAAAAUAGGUGUGCUAAAAUUACUGUUUGUGAAAACUAAGUUCACAUGAAAUCUGAUCACAAGAAUUGCAAAACAGACAUCUACGGAAAAUAAUCUCAAGACAGUGGUUCUGUCUGAAAACUUUAGGAAAUAAAAAAGAAGUUCACUUCAAGUGUCUACUAAAAGAAAUACUCUUGGUUUAGCGAGCUCCGCCUCUGUUCUUACUUGAAGAACAGUAGGUGGAGCUAUUUGAGGUAUAAAAACCAAAAAUUCUUUCCGGGAGUCCAAGAUUGUGCAGUAAUUGGUUAGGACUCUGAGUGCCGCUGUUCACCAAUCAGGCAGAGAAAUGCAAAGAUCCUGAUCUAGCAGGCGCCUAAAGCACAAAGCACAGAUCGAAACAAACCAUCUCCGUGAGGAAACAGCGGAGAAACGCUCGACCCCGCCCGGGACCCUCCGAUUCCAGGGGCUGAAGAGCUGACCCUGACUUCAGUGAUCAAGGGCAGAAGUGGAAAAAAUCCUGGAGGAAAGUGACAAUGAUUCCCGUGCGACUACACCGAGACUGCAAGGGGCCGGUCCUUCUGGGCGUCUUCUUGGGGAUCCUGUGGGAAGCCCGAUGCGCCCAGAUACGCUAUUCAGUUCCUGAGGAGCUGGAGAAAGGCUCUAGGGUGGGCAACAUCUCCAAGGACCUGGGGCUGGAGCCCCGCGAGCUGGCGGAGCGCGGAGUCCGCCUUGUCUCCCAAGGUAGGACGCAGCUUUUCUCUCUGAACCUGCGCAGCGGCAGCUUGGUCACAGCAGGCAGGAUAGAUCGGGAGGAACUCUGCAUGGGGGCCACCAAGUGCCAAUUAAAUCUAGAGAUUUUAAUGGAGGACCAAGUGAAAAUAUAUGGGGUAGAAGUAGAAGUGACGGACAUUAAUGAUAAUGCCCCCCACUUCAGUGAAAGUGAAUUAGAAAUAAAAAUGAGCGAAAACGCAGCCACUGGGAUGCGGUUCCCCCUUCCCCACGCUUGGGAUCCAGACAUCGGGAAGAACUCUCUCCAGAGCUACGAGCUCAGCGCAAAUACUCACUUCUCCUUGGAGGUGCAAAACGGAGCAGAUGGUAACAAGUAUCCGGAAUUGGUGCUGGAGCGCGCCUUGGACCGCGAGGUACAGGCCGCUCACCAGCUGAUCCUCACGGCUUUGGACGGAGGUGACCCGGUCCGCAUCGGCACCGCGCGCAUCCGGGUGGUGGUCAUAGACGCGAACGACAAUGCACCAGCGUUUGCUCUGUCUGAAUACCGCGUGAGCGUUCCUGAGAAUGUGGCUGUGGGCACUCUGCUGCUUCUGGUAAACGCUACCGACCCAGACGAAGGGGACAAUGCGGAAGUGAGGUACUCCUUCCGGUAUGUGGACCACAAGGCGGCCCAAGUUUUCAAGCUGGAUAGUACUUUAGGGACAAUAUCAACAAUAGGGGAGUUGAACUACGAGGAAUCAGCUUUCUACGAGAUGGAAGUGCGAGCAAUGGAUAACGCAGGAUAUUCCGCACGAGCCAAAGUCCUGAUCACAGUGCUGGACGUAAAUGACAACGCCCCUGAAGUAGUGGUCACCUCUCUCACAGGCUCUAUUCCCGAAAACUCUCCCAGAGGGACAUUAAUUGCCCUUUUACAUGUAAAUGAUCAAGACUCUGGGGAAAAUGGACAGGUAAUCUGUUCCAUGCCAGGGAACGUGCCUUUUAAAUUAGAAAAAUCUUAUGGAAAUUACUAUAGUUUAGUCACAGAUACAAUCUUAGACCGGGAACAGGUUCCUAAUUACAACAUCACGGUGACCGCCACUGACAUGGGAAAUCCGCCCUUGUCAACGGAAACGCAUAUCUCGCUGGUCGUGAAGGACACCAAUGAUAACCCGCCGGUCUUCCCUCAGGCCUCCUAUUCCGCCUACAUCCCAGAGAACAACCCCAGAGGGGCCUCCAUCUUCUCAGUGACCGCACAUGAUCCCGACUGUGACGAGAAUGCACAAGUCACGUAUUCCCUGGUUGAGGACACUCUCCAGGGGUCGCCGAUGACCUCUUUUGUCUCUAUUAAUUCGGACACCGGCGUGCUAUACGCAUUGCAGUCCUUUGACUAUGAGCAGUUCCGAGACCUACAGCUACAAGUGCUGGCGCGUGACAGUGGGGACCCGCCGCUCAGCAGCAACGUGUCAUUGAGCUUGUUCGUGCAGGAUCAGAACGACAAUGCCCCCGAAAUCCUAUAUCCAGCCAUCCCCACGGACGGUUCCACAGGAGUGGAGCUGGCACCCCGCUCCGCAGAGCCGGGAUACCUGGUGACCAAAGUGGUGGCGGUGGACAGAGACUCGGGCCAGAAUGCCUGGCUGUCCUAUCGCCUGCUCAGGGCCAGUGAGCCGGGGCUCUUCUCCGUGGGGCUGCACACGGGCGAGGUGAGCACGGCAAGAGCCCUGCUGGACAGAGAUGCUCUCAAGCAGAGCCUUGUGGUUUCUGUGCAGGAUCACGGCCAGCCCCCUCUCUCGGCCACGGUCACUAUCACCGUGGCCAUGGCCGACAGCAUCCCCGACGUUCUAGCGGAUCUGAGCAGACUGGAGUCUCCAGCCAACUCCGAAACGUCAGGCCUCACGCUGUACCUGGUGGUGGCAGUGGCCUCAGUCUCUUGCGUCUUCCUAGCCUUCGUCCUCGUGCUGUUGGCUCUCAAACUGCGGCGCUGGCACUCAGUGCGCUUGCUCCAGGCUGCGGGAAACGGAUUGGCUGGUUUACCAGCCCCGCACUUUGUGGGCGUGGAUGGGGUGCGCGCUUUCCUACAGACCUAUUCCCACGAGGUCUCGCUCACCGCGGACUCCAGGAAGAGCCACUUGAUCUUCCCGCAGCCCAACUACGCGGACACUCUCAUCAGCCAGGAGAGCUGUGAGAAAAGCGAGCCGCUUUUGCUAUCAGGCGAUUCGGUGUUUUCUAAAGACAAUCAUGCAUUAAUUCAGAACUUCGAGUUCUGCUUUCUUCAGGCUGCAGUUCUACAGUAGAAACUCAGAGUGCUGCUGCUGGCCCACACCAAAACAGAUCCCUCCAUCCUUCCUGCUUGGUGACUUUCUUAAUUGGAUUCAAUACAAAUACAGAAGAGACCAGAAACAUUCUUCAACCAGGACCACAUGCAUUCAUUGGCAGUGAGCUCUGCUUUUGUUUGUUGGGCGCUCUAUGGUUAAAAGAUCAUAUGAAAAGGGCCUUACCUGGGUUGAAGCUGCAGGAACCCUGACUGUGGAUGAGAUGGAAAACAGCAUAGGUCUACCAGGCCUGGUGUCAUGGGGGCAAGUACUGCUUCUCUUGCGUCUGGUUUUAUGCUGCAAGGUGUUCUUCCAACAGAUCCGCUUUCAGUCCCUGAGAAACUGGCCAAGGAUUCAGUCAUAGGAAAUCUUGCCAAGGAUCUAGGCCUCAGUGUCCAGCACCGAGGUUGUGGGUUAAUUGAGAAAAAAAUAAAAACAAAAAAACAAAACAAAACAAAAAAAACAAACCAUGACUCUGAGUGAAGAAAGUGGAGACUUGUGAGUGACAGAGUGGAUCAGCAGAAGAUAUACCCCCAAGAUACAUUUGUACAGUACAUUUUGAAAUUGUAGAUGAAAAAUCCUUUAAGUGUUUUUCAGAUUAAUGUUUUUCACAUUAAUUGAAAGAUUUGGGAUGUGAAUGAUAAGCAGUUCCUUACAAAAUUAUCACCUUAGCAGAGACACUAUAUUUGUCUUCGAAGUGAAAGAGACCAACAGUGGAAAGAAAUAUGUUGAACUUGUCUCAGAGAAGCCAUAGACUGGGAAAAGCAUAGCUCCUAUCAUUUAGUGCUUAGAUGGUGGGGACCCACCACAAAGUGGGACACUCAGAUCCUGAUCCUGAUCCUGAUGGUUGAUGCCAACAACAACCCCGGCCCCCAGUUUUCAGUCAGGAUGUGCAUAGGGUCAGCCUUCAGGAAAAUGUGCCCACAGAAGGCUGACCCUGUGCUGAAGGUAAGGGCCACCGACCAGGAUAGGGCACCAGUGCAGAGAUCAUGCGUGCCUUCCCAGCCCAGAGUGCUCAUAGCCAGUUUGGUCUUGAUAGUAAGAGUGGAGAAGUGAAAACUUUAAGUACAUUGGAUUUCAAAGAGAUUAAAAACUAUUCCAUGGUUUUGACAGCACGGGACAAAGAAGAACUGGUGGCUCAGUGAACUUUUGAGAUUGAAACUGUAGAUGAUAAUGACCAUGUCCCACAGGUGAUUUUUUUACUUCUGAUUCAACAAUGAUUCCAAAGGAUUCUGCACCUCAGACUAUAGUUACUCUGUUUAAAACACAAAAUCCAGAUUCAGGAGCAAGUGAGGAGUUGUAUUACCCAUACAAGAAAGUGCACUUCUCAAAGUUGAAUCUUUCUCCAGUAAUCGCUAAAGCUUGUAACAGAUGGGACAUUGGAGAGGGAACAGGCCCUGGAGUAAAACAUCACCAUUUCAGCCACCGACAAGGGCAAGCCUCCCCUGUCCUCCAGCAGGAGCAUCACCUUACACAUUGAUGAUGUCAAUGACAAUGCUCCGUUUUCCCACAAGGCCUCCUACAUGGUCCACAGAGCUGAGAACAACCCUCCUGCUGUCCUACCAUGUGCUGCAGGCCAGCGACCUGGGCUCUUUAGCCUGCAGCCAAGUAUUAAGCAAUAAGGUUGCUGCCAUCAGUGCCUGCUGGUCACUGUGCGUGGUGAUGGGCAGCCUCUUUCGGCCACCUCCACGCUGACCUGGUGCUCGCUGACAACCUACAAGAGGCGCUGCCAGACCUCGACAACAGCUCUGCAGAUUUACAUUGUGAUUCCAAAAGUAAUUUCUAUCUAGUGGUUUCUGUAGCCUUAGUUUCUUUUUUAUUCUUCCUGACUGCAUUAUUUGUGCUGGUUUUGAAAUGCCGAAGACUCCAAAAUGGCCAUAUCUUUGAGUCUUUCCCCACAUACCUCUAGCCCCCAGAUUUCUCUAGACCCCAGAUUUCAAGGUAAUUGUAGCUCUAUGAUAUCAUAUUCCUACCAAGUGUGUCCUACUCCUUACUAAUCCAAGCCUCUGAAUUCCCUCUUCGGAAGCCCUCCUCCUCAGUUCUCUAUAGCAACCUCACUUUGGAACUCUCCUCUGAAGAAAGGCAUGAUUCUAAUUGCUUGGGUCAGUGUCCACCCUCCACAGUGAGAAAUUCUUGAUGAAAUUAAGUUCAAUCACAAACAGAUUUUCUUCCAGCAUGAAAUGUUUUCAAAACUCUCAGGGAAGAAUAUCUUGGUGGUAAAAUCCAAGGCCCUAAAAUGGGAAAUCUGGCAUGGGGAGCUUGAGGGACAGUAAUUCAGCAUGAUAGGAGUAUCAGAUGAGCCACAGCAUUUAGGAUCUCAGAGGUAGGAAACAUUUUUAUGAAAUAUUUGAUUAUAUUUUACCUUGAUAUUCAAAUUGAUCCAAAAACAGGAGGGCAAUUUUUGAUCACUGCACUAUAAAAGAUGCACAUUUGUAACUCAGAAUCACUGGUUAGCACUUCUCAUUCAACACAUGGCUUUUUCAUUUUCUAUUUAAGAAACCUCUUACUGUAAGUAGACAUUCUGGCUGGAAAGUUAGCCAACCAUUUCAAUUAAUCUAAGGAUAAGACUCUUGGAAGUUGCUAACCCUAAGAACUGAAAAUUAUUGUUCCACAGAAGAGUGUUUUGGACAGCUUUUCACAUGGAAAGUUGCCUUUCAAACUAGAUUAUGAACACCACUAGAAGCUGGCCUGGCUCCCACUCAUAUCCAUUCCUUCAUUCUGUAUGAGAUGAGGAUUAAGGGUCUUCCCCCACCCUCGUGUUAUCUGCAUCAUUUAUUGAAAAGUUUCUUUCAUCUGUUGAAUUGCCUUAGUACUCUAGUUGAAAA